AUGCAAUACACAUUCAUUAUAGUGGCAGCUCUGCUGCUUAGCUUGGUCCAUGCCCAACCCAGGCCCCAGGCUCAGGGCGAGCCCAUUCCCAUCAUCAGACAGGAGCAAGAGGUUAACUUCGAUGGCUCCUAUAAGUACUCCUACGAGACGGGCAAUGGGAUCAAUGUUGCGGAGGAGGGCUACCUGAAGAACGCGGGCACCGACAAUGCCGGCCAGGUCGCGCAGGGCUCCUUCUCCUACACCUCGCCGGAGGGCAUACCCAUCCAGAUAACCUAUCUGGCAGACGAGAAUGGCUUCCAGCCGCAGGGCGAUCACCUGCCCACACCGCCACCCAUCCCGCCUGCGAUCCAGAAGGCACUGGCCUACCUGGCCACCGCUCCUCCACCGCCGCAAGAGCCACAGCAGGGCGGCGGUGGGUUCAACAACCGACGGGGCUAA